AUUUUAUUUGAUUUUAUUCGUCAUAUAUAAUACAGUGAGCUUGAGAUUAGUCCACAAUUAUUUAAAAUAACAUCGAAACUCACAAACUUCAGAACAUUUGGUAAUAAUAAAUUAUAAGAAAUGUCCAAAAUCUUUACCCCAACAAAUCAGAUACGUCUCACCAAUGUAGCAGUGGUAAGGCUAAAGAAGGGUGGUAAGCGGUUUGAAAUUGCCUGCUACAAAAACAAAGUGUUGUCCUGGCGAAAUAACACAGAAAAGGAUAUCGAUGAAGUGCUACAAACACACACAGUGUUUAUUAAUGUUUCUAAAGGGCAAGCAGCAAAAAAAGAUGAGCUUUUGAAGGCUUUUGGCAAAAGCGACGAAACGGAAGUUUGCAAGGAAAUUCUUGCGAAAGGAGAGCUACAGGUAUCUGAAAAAGAACGUCAAUCUGUUCUGGAAUCUCAGCUGAAUAGCAUUAUAAACAGUGUAGCAGCGUCAUGUGUCAACCCCGAAACUCGCCGUCCUUAUCCAGCGACUAUUAUUGAAAAAUCAUUAAAAGACGCUCACUUUUCUGUUAAAAUGAAUAAGAACACGAAGCAACAGACACUCGACGCAAUUAAGUUGCUCCGCGAACACAUUCCAAUAGAGCGUUCACGCAUGAAACUCCGUGUUUCAUUCGUCGGUAAGGAGUGCGGCAACAGACUAAAAGAGUCUGUUAGCAAGUUGGCUACAAAAGUCGAACAUGAGGAAUGGGACGAAGCGAUGCUGCAUAUGACACUACUCAUCGACCCAGGGAACUACCGAGUUAUCGACGAACUUAUACGAAAUGAAACUAAAGGCAAAGGACUCGUUGAGCUGCUCGAAUUGAAAGAAGUAGUAGAGAAUGAAGAGAUAUUUUAGUUCAAGAUAAUGAGAAACAUAUUUUUUUUAUCAUAUUAUUGUUGGCAUUGACAAUUUCAAACCAUUAUUAAAUUCUUAAAUUAAAAUUACUCCUUACCACUAA